AUGGCAUCACAAAUGACUCGAUAUCAAAGGCAUCGUAUGGCUGAAAAUUAUUUGGUCAUCUGGGUCGAUGGAAAUAUCGACAUGGCAAAUCAAGAUUGCCAAAAUACAAUGGAACAAUUACGUGCUAUCGUCAACCAAGUCAAUACGUGCACAACAGCUGAUCAAUGUAUUCAACAGCUUAUGGAAAAUCAAGAGGAAAUCUCAUUUGUUAUCUCCUCAGGUGCUCUUGGACAACACCUGGUACCAGACAUUCAUGAUAUGGCAAAAUUAAAUGCCAUUUUUAUAUUUUGUGGCAAUAAGCAACGGCAUCAAAUAUGGGCCCAAAAUUGGGCAAAAAUCAAAGGUAUACAUACCUCAAUACAACCCAUUUGUGAUGCAUUGAAAAUGGCUGUCAAUCAAUGCAACCAAAAUACCAUGUCGAUAAGCAUUAUUGGUGCGAAUGAAGGAGGUUCUACUGAAAAUGUUAAUCAGCUAGAACCUACCUUCAUGUAUUCACAAAUAUUCAAGGAAAUUCUCCUUGAAAUAGAACACAGCGAGCAAGCAAUCAAAGACUUAGUUACAUUUUGCCAAGAAAUAUACCACGAUAAUGAUAAUGAAAUGAAAAUUAUUGAUGAAUUUCAACGUACAUAUCAAGCAUCAAAAGCCAUUUGGUGGUAUACACGUGAGUGCUUCACGUACAAAAUGCUCAAUGGAGCAUUACGAACACUCAACGGCGACAUUAUGAUCCGAAUGGGCUUCUUUCUAUGCGAUGUACAUCGACAAAUUGAACAUUUACACAAACAACAGGUCAGUCCCUCUCAUGAAGAGAUCUUCAAUGUCUUUCGAGGGCAUGGCCUAUCGAAAGCAGAUUUUGAAAAGCUCGCAAAAAACAAAGGCGGGCUUAUUUCUUUUAACAACUUUUUAUCCACCAGCAAAAAUCGAGAAAUCUCUCUCAACUUCGCUAAUCAAGCCUUAGGAACAACCGACAUGGUUGGAAUUCUAUUCCAAAUAACCAUUGAUCCUACAGUUUCAUCAACUCCAUUCGCCUCCAUUCGAGAGGUGAGCUAUUAUAAGGAAGAAGAGGAAAUUCUCUUCACCAUGCACACCGUCUUUCGCAUUGGGGAAGUGCGAAAAAUUGACAACAAUCGUGCACUUUAUCAAGUCGAUCUUAAACUUACGUCAGAUGAUGACCCACAACUUCAAGAAUUAACUGACUACAUACGACAAGAAGUCGACGGUACCGGAUGGUAUCGAAUGGGGCAAUUGUUAUUCAAAAUAGGUCAAUUCGACAAGGCCGAAGAACUAUAUCUGGCACUACUGGAACAAGCAUCGAACGAUAGUGAUAGAGCAUACAUCUAUCACCAGCUUGGAAUGAUGAAACGAAACCAAGGACAAUACGAAGAAGCAGUUGCAUUUUACGAACAAUCUCUGAAAAUCGAGCAAAAAACUCUUCCGAAAGAUGAUCCUUCAUUAGCUCCUACGUACAAUAAUAUUGCUCUAGUCUAUAAUAACAUGGGUGACUACUCGAAAGCACUUGAAUUUUACGAAAAAUCACAUAAAAUCUACGAAAAAGCUCUGCCUUCGAAUCAUCCAGAUUUGGCUACUUCGUACAACAACAUUGGUCUAGUCUAUAAUAACAUGGGUGACUACUCGAAAGCACUUGAAUUUUACGAAAAAUCACAUAAAAUUAAAGAAAAAGCUCUGCCUUCGAAUCAUCCCUCAUUGGCAACUUCGUACAACAACAUCGGUCAAGUGUAUAAUAACAUGGGUGACUACUCGAAAGCACUUGAAUUUUACGAAAAAUCACAUAAAAUCUACGAGAAAACUCUCCCUCCGAAUCAUCCUGAUUUGGCUUCUUCGUACAACAACAUCGGUCAAGUGUAUAAUAACAUGGGUGACUAC